CCCCCUUCGCCGCCUCGGUUCGCUGCUGUCGCUCGCCAUGCUCUCCGUCCGCGUCCCGCUCGCCACCAUCACCGACCAGCAGCAGCUGCAGGUGUCUCCGCUGAAGCGGCUCGGCCUGGCUGACAAGGAGAACACGCCCCCGAGCCUCAGCGGGACCCGCGUCCUAGCCAGCAAGGCGGCGAGGAGAAUCUUCCAGGACGCCACCGAGCCGGAGAGUAAAGAGUCUGCUAACCCCAGCGUUGAGGACGAGCCGUUGUUGAGAGAGAAUCCCCGCCGCUUCGUUGUCUUCCCCAUCGAAUACCAUGACAUCUGGCAGAUGUACAAGAAAGCUGAGGCUUCCUUCUGGACAGCUGAGGAGGUGGACCUUUCCAAAGAUAUUCAGCACUGGGAAGCUCUGAAGCCUGAUGAGAGACAUUUUAUAUCUCAUGUUCUGGCUUUCUUUGCGGCCAGCGAUGGCAUAGUCAAUGAAAACUUGGUGGAGCGAUUUAGCCAAGAAGUUCAAAUUACAGAGGCUCGCUGUUUCUAUGGAUUCCAAAUUGCCAUGGAAAACAUACAUUCUGAGAUGUACAGUCUCCUUAUUGACACUUACAUUAAAGAUUCCAAAGAGAGGGAAUAUCUCUUCAAUGCAAUUGAAACAAUGCCUUGUGUGAAAAAGAAGGCUGAUUGGGCCUUGCGUUGGAUUGGGGACAAAGAGGCUACAUAUGGAGAGCGCGUUGUGGCCUUUGCUGCUGUGGAGGGGAUCUUCUUCUCAGGCUCCUUUGCAUCAAUAUUCUGGCUUAAGAAGCGGGGACUGAUGCCUGGCCUCACCUUCUCCAAUGAGCUUAUCAGCAGAGACGAGGGUUUACACUGUGACUUUGCCUGCCUGAUGUUCAAGCACCUGGUACACAAGCCAUCGGAGCAGAGAGUGCAGGAAAUAAUUACCAACGCAGUGAGGAUAGAACAGGAGUUCCUCACGGAGGCCUUGCCUGUGAAGCUCAUCGGGAUGAACUGCACUCUGAUGAAGCAGUAUAUCGAAUUCGUGGCAGACAGGCUUAUGCUGGAGCUGGGGUUCAACAAGAUUUUCAAAGUAGAAAAUCCAUUUGACUUCAUGGAAAACAUUUCACUAGAAGGAAAGACAAACUUCUUUGAGAAGCGAGUGGGCGAGUAUCAGAGGAUGGGGGUGAUGUCAAAUUCGACAGAGAAUUCUUUUACCUUGGAUGCGGACUUCUAAGUAAGCCGACUGCUCUUGUCUCCCCUUGUCAAAAAACAAAAUCAAUCAACUGGCUACACCAUGAAUUGUCAUUAAAUUUGUUAACAGGCAUCUAAAAACUGUAGCUACCUCAGUUGGCCCUUUUUUUGCUAGUUGUGUCUCUAAAUGAAGAAAGGAUGUUUAAAACGAAAGGUACUUGAGUUGUUUUUAGGGGAGAUCCUGUCCUUGGCUUUCUCAGGUAGCGUGAUCUUAAAGCACCAACAAGAGCAUCCAUUCUGGCUUUGUGAGAGGCGACCCUCCAGCAAGUGGAAUUAAACAUUUAGUGCCACAAAGCUGUUUUAAGAUGUCAGCCUCAUUCACCACUGCCUGCGGGCUCUCUGGAGUUUACUAAACAAGUUUGUAAAUAAAACUGGCACUUUGCACACAAACAUAGUACUAUCGAGGGGGAAAGACCAAGCACCAAGUGUUCUGUUCACCACUGAUGGCAGCUGAUUAAAAUUCAAGUGACUCGGAAGUUAGUGUUGAGGAAGCCUCUCGUUCCCAAGCUCUGUUCUUUGGUGAAUUGAAUUGCUUCAGCAGCUUUGAGGUCAAGUCCUGUGUGGCCUAGGCAUUAGCCCACUGAUGCCAAUCAUGUGCAGGAUGUGUGUGACCACAUAGAUGGGGUCAUCGCCCGCUUCAUAGAACCUCCAACUUGGAGUCACUGGAAACUUACAAGUGAUUUGGGAUACUUGCUGGUUGGCCUGGGCCUGUCUCCCAUUUGUCUGAAAAGCAAUAUCGUUCCCUGCCCCCAGCCCCACAAGUUGUACUCUGCCCCAUUUCUAGUUAGUGUGGGGUCUUGAAAGGGCUUUGAAGAAAGGAUUUUCAAUAGUGGCGUGCACACAGUCUUGAUUUUUGUCAAAAGCCAAAAGAAUCGGGAUAUUUUUGAUUGUGUGAACGGGUACGAUUGAAAUUUGAUCCACUUAUUUUACAUGCCUUUUAUUGGGUUUUACCUGUUUUUUUUUUUUUUUUUUUUUUUAACUCAGUAUUACCUUGAAGUUUGCAAAUGCUAAGAUAGUACUGUAAAAAUCAGGUAUUUGCCUAAAUUUGAGUGACACGUGGUAGUAAAUUUUUUUUUUUUUUUAAGACAGGGUCUUAACUAUAUAACUCUGACUAGGCUUGGAACAUUGUUGUAUAGACCAGGUAAGCCUCUCAAACUUGCCCUAUGCCUCCCAAAUACUGGGAUAAGGUUUGCACCACCAUGCUGGUUUUACCCAGUGAAUUCCUAAACACCAGAAACCAGUACUAUAUGGGCUGUUAAUGUGUGUUCCAUUCACAUUCUUGUCAGACCAAUAGAUACAGCUAACAGCUAGUGCAAAAUCUGCUUUUAUGUGCAUUAAUCUGUUUGUGUUUAGGAAACAAAGUCCAGAAUUCAUCUGGUGAGUUUGAGACCAGUUGGGGGUACAUAAGUAGAACUGUCUUAAAAACCAAAACAAGGAAAACAAGUGUGUUUGUUACCAGGAGUGAUUCACAUUGGUCUCUAGCCUCCUUGUUAACUGAUGCUAUUGUGUACUAGCUGUUUAAUCCCUGAUCCGUUUUUUUUUAUUGUAUACAUAUUUCUGUAAUAUGAGACCCUUUGUACUUAUUAAAUUAUUGUUACCUAAAAUUAAUAAACUCAAGGCUGCAUGGCAAA